UUAAAAAAAAAAAUGGUAACCAAGCGAGGGAAUGAACUCUCUCCUCCAUUUGACCACUAGCGGUCAAUCUUCUCGGGUGUACGGGCAUUCUCCAGACUUAUACGAGGCUUUGUUACAGGUAUAAUUUGAUCGCGACAUUAAUUUUAUACAUUCUGUGAAGGUUGCAUCUACUCUUAGAAGUUGAAAGAGCAACGGGACUUUGUAGCGGAAGUCAUGUCCCAGUUUUGGAAGCCAGGCUCUCAGAAGCCUCAAACAUUCGUCAUCGACGAUGAAGAUGGAGGAGUCAUACCAUUUUCAGUUCAUCCUUCUUCCGCCUCUGGUUUCGGCUAUUCGAGUCUGGAGAAACAGAGGCAGAGGCUCCCUGUUUUUAAACAGAGGAUUGCAAUUCUUUAUUUGGUGGAGAGUCAUGCUACUACUAUCAUUGUCGGGGAGACUGGAAGUGGGAAAACGACCCAGAUUCCACAGUACCUCAAAGAGGCUGGUUGGGCAGAAGGUGGCCGAAUAAUUGCUUGUACUCAGCCACGAAGAUUAGCAGUUCAGACAGUUGCUUCAAGGGUGGCAGAGGAGAUGGGUGUAAAGGUUGGUGCAGAAGUUGGGUACUCAAUACGUUUUGAAGAUGUUACUACUCCGGGCGUGACAAUGAUCAAGUUCCUUACAGAUGGUGUCUUGCUAAGAGAAAUGAUGGAGGAUCCUCUCUUGACCAAAUAUAGGUGCGGCAAUAGACUCAUUCUUUCUGUUGUUUAUGGUAAAAUAAACAAAAAAGGAGCUAAGUUGCAAAUUGGAGUGAGUGUUAUAAUGAUUGAUGAGGCCCAUGAGAGAAGUAUCUCAACUGACAUGCUUUUGGGACUCUUGAAGAAGGUUCAGCGACGAAGGCCUGGGUUGCGUUUGGUUAUUUCAUCUGCAACGAUUGAGGCAAAGUUGAUGGCUUCUUUUUUUAACUCCAGAGUUAAAAAGCAAUAUCAAGCAGAUGCUGAAGAAUCCUUACCAAGUAGAGAACCUGCAAUAAUAUCAGUUGAAGGCAGGACAUAUGAUGUAAAAAUUCACUAUCUUGAUGAAGCAACUUCAAGUUACUUGCAAUCUUCAGUUUCAACUGUUUUGUCAAUCCAUAACCAGGAGCCCCUUGGAGAUAUUUUGGUUUUCUUGACAGGCCAAGACGAUGUUGAUGCAGCUGUUCAGCUAAUAACUGAAGAAGCUCAAAAAGCAGAUAGCUCAUCAGGAUUGUUUGUUUUACCUCUGUAUGCUGGGCUUCCACGUUCAGAACAGGAGCUUAUUUUUGGGCCUGCACCCAGAGGAAAGAGGAAAGUGAUUGUAGCUACAAAUAUUGCAGAGACAUCAAUUACCCUUGAGGGCAUAGUCUACGUUGUUGAUUGUGGCUUCUCAAAGCAACGAUUUUAUAAUCCGAUAACUGAUAUUGAAAGCUUAGUUGUGGUACCUAUAUCUAAGGCCUCUGCACAGCAAAGAGCUGGGAGAGCUGGGAGAGUUCGGUCUGGAAAAUGUUACAGGUUAUACACAGAAGAGUUUUAUAUAAAGCAAAUGUCAACAGAUGGCAUUCCAGAAAUGCAAAGAUCAAAUCUUGUGAGCUGUGUAAUUCAGUUGAAGGCACUAGGCAUAGACAAUAUCAUGGGUUUCGACUGGCUUGCCUCUCCACCACCAGAGGCAAUGGUGAGGGCACUUGAAGUUCUUUACUCUAUUGGCGUCUUGGAUGAAGAUGGCAAAUUAACAUCUCCAACUGGAUUUCAAGUUGCUGAAAUUCCUCUUGAGCCAAUGAUUUCGAAGAUGUUGCUAACAUCAAGCUCAAUGGGUUGUUCCGAGGAAAUUCUUACAAUUGCUGCUGUUUUAUCUGUUCAGUCCAUUUGGGUUUCAAGCAAGGGGAUUCAAAAAGAAUUAGAUGAAGCGAAGGAUCGCUUUGCAGCUGCUGAGGGAGAUCAUGUAACAUAUCUAAAUGUAUUUGAAGGAUUUCUUCGUUCAAAUAAGUCUUCUCAGUGGUGCCACAAAAAUUUGAUAAACUAUCAGGCAAUACAGAAGAAGGUGAUUGAGAUCAGAAAUCAGCUCAAGAAAUUGAUGCAGAGGUUAGGGUUAGCCAUAAUAUCAUGUGGAACAGACAUGGAGGCUGUGAGGAAGGCUAUAACAUCUGGAUUUUUUUCACAUGCAUGCCAACUAGAGCUUGCAAGUGCGGAUGGAAAAUAUCAAACUGUUAGAGGUGGACAAGAAGUUUUCAUUCAUCCCUCUUCUGUGCUCUUCAGAGUAAAUCCCAAGUGGGUGGUCUACCAUUCUAUUCUUUCAACAGAACGCCAUUACAUUCAAAAUGUCACUACUAUUGAAUCAUCCUGGUUACUUGAAAUCGCCCCUCAUUUUUACCAGUCCCAUAAAUCCGGAUCAAACAGAUAAAAUUAUGCAAACAGGAUUUACUGAUAUCCAUGAUGUAAUGUUGAGCUUUUCUUUUAUAAUUAUUUAUGUGAGAAUGUGAAUUAUUUACUUGUAUGCCUCGAAAUGCAAGUUAAGAUGUAGGGUUGAAUGAAAUUUUCUUUAAAAAUUAA